AUGGGCUGCGGGCCAUCUUGUGCAAAAACUUCUGUGGUAAUCGUUACACCAUCUGAAAAAGACACGACUUCGGCGGCUGGAGCGGACAACGAGGGAGACCCGUUCGGAUCACUCAAGGACACCUCGCCCGUGCACAAAGGACUUCGGAGCUCCUUGAAGAGUGGGAGGCGGAUCAGUUCCGGAUUGUUGACUCCUGAGAAGAGGAAGCUCGUGACCGAAUUCAAGGAAAUGCAUCUCCAUUGGAAGAAUACUCAACUCAUAGCUGCGAAAGAGCGAUUGACGACAUCAGAAUCGGAAUUUACAGAGAGUCAUGCAGCCGAUGUCACUGGCUGUGAUUUCGGCAACGACUGUUUGGCCACUUGUUCAGGCGACAAAACAGUACGGGUCUUCGAGCGGUACUCCGAUGGACAGUUCAUUGAGAAGGAGUGUUCCCCCCUAGUUGGCCAUACUUACGCGCUGACCGCCGUGCGCUUCACAGCGUCCGGACACCUCCUCUGCUCGGCCUCGAUCGAUGGCACCUGUAUGAUGUGGAACGUGGAGACGGGUUCCCAACUAGCGACCUUGCGACAUCCUUCAUCCAACUCUAUACGGUGCUGCGCAUUCGCACCUUCCGAAACGUUGCUGGCCACAGGCGGCGACGACGAAACUCUCGUCAUAUGGGACGUUGCGACCCGGUCUGUGAGUCGCACCCUCGCGGGUCACGAAGCCACGGUCACCUGCUGUGCUUUCACCCCGGACUCGAGUCUGAUCAUGUCGGGAACCUCGGAAGGAUUACUGAAACUCUACGACGUUCGAGGAGGAAAAUGUCUCUCGACGAAAUUAGAUGCUCACGAUUUGGGUGUGCUCGCAUGCGACUUCUCUCCCCAAUACGAGUCUAAUGCUUCUGCUGGAGGGCCUUUCAGUAUGUUCAUGAUGGCGUCCGGAGGAAAUGAUGACCAACUGCGGGUGUGGCGCAUCGAAGCUGGACUCCAUUGUCAGAUUACGCUAAUUUAUAAUCUUCAAGGGCACUCAAGCAAUGUGAUGGGCGUUCGAUUCUCCCCGGACGGAGCGAUGCUUGCCUCGAGUGCUGGCGACAAAGUGGCCAUCGUGUGGGAUGCGAUCCGGAUGUACGAGACGACCGCUCAACGGUGUCUCGCCCCUACGUACACGGAGUACUUUGGCAGUGGCGAGACUUUGACUCUGAAGAGGCGAAAGCAUUUGGAAUCUCAAUACGAGCCUAUUCUGCUAGAUCAGUGUAAUGGUGAACUUCUCCAGCGCUUAGAGGGUCACCAGAGCUAUGUACCUUGUUGCGCGUUCGGCUUUGACGGCAAGGCGCUCGCUACGGGGUCAAACGACCGCACCAUAAUUGUCUGGGCUCUGGAAGACGACGGCAACGGGGAGCCUUUCUCUGUGGGUCCGGUGAGCAUCGCAAUCGAAGGCAGCCGAAAAACAGCAGCAACGAAUCUCCCCGUGGCUCACCGCAUUGCUGUGGUGUCGCAAUGGGACGUCAAAGACGUCGGCCUCUGGCUCACAAAGCUAGGUUUACCGAAUCUGCAGAAUGAGUUCCGCAAACACGCCAUAGACGGCCAGGAGUUACUCCAUUUGACUCACGAGACGCUGACCAACGUCCUGGGCGUGGAAACCCUCGGGCAUCGGCAAAAAAUACUGCGGGAAGUUUCCCGGCUGAAGAACCCCCUGUGGAAGACGUUCGCGCCGGAGGACGAGGAUAACGCGCUGAUCAAGGAGUGUACUUGUCCGAUAACGCAUGAAGUGAUGCAGGAUCCAGUAGUCGCUGCAGAUGGAUACUCCUACGAGAGAUCGGCCAUAGCGCAAUGGUUCGAAAGCGGUAAAGAAUCAAGUCCGAUGACUAACGAGCCUCUCGAGCACACCAUGCUUAUACCCAACAAAACUCUGUAUCUUUUGCUCAAGAAACUUUCCAACUGAACAACUCCCCCCUGCGAAAACAAAAAAGAAAAAGUGAUAGCAUUCUUCCCGCAAAUGAAGGAAGUUCGCUCGUCUGUCAGUCGCGUGAAUAGCGAGAG